AUAAGAGCACUUGUAUGUUAUUCUUAACUAAGUUAGAUCUUAAACCAAUCAAAGCUAACAUGCGCAGAAUGGUCUGAAAUCUUUCAUUCAUGAACGUAAUAUUUGAAUUUCCUCUUUCGUAAAAUUGGCAUUAUGUGUAUAUAUAUCGACUGGUAGAAAACAUUAUUGCAACAUAACCUAUAAGUUUUUAAUAAAUAGUAUUUUUCUCGUCUACACCUAAAAUGAACAAAAUCUGCCGUUACCAGAAAAUAACACAACUGGCUACUGUUUGUAGACCGCACAUUAGUUCAAUCUUAACACAAAAUUAUUGUACGACAAAUGUUUCCGAUGGGAGUCCGACAAAUACAAUGAAACAAAGUGCAAAAGAUGAAUUAAACACUUUCCAGAAAUUAGUUGAGGAAAGUCAAAUGACUGAAAUAGCCAAGAGUUCAAAGCGCUCUACUUUCUCUUCCUUACUUCGAUAUUCUAACUUCAUAGAUUUAGGAGAUCCUGAGGGAAAGGUAGUACUAGGAAAAAUUUUUCAAGUAGUUCACGAUGAUUUAUAUAUUGACUUUGGAUGGAAAUUUCAUUGCGUAUGUGUAAGACCCAAACUAAAUUCAGAUAAAUACACCAGAGGUACACUUGUUAGAUUAAGAAUUCGUGAUUUGGAAUUGUCUACAAGAUUCUUAGGAGCAACAACAGAUUUAACAAUCUUGGAAGCAGAAUGUAGUCUUAUAGGUUUUGUAGAUUUUUCGUCAUAUACUGACUAGAACAAAAGUUAUGAUUAUUUUGUAUUAUGUAAUAAAAAUAAAAAUUAUAAUUGUA